AAUAACAGAAAUCUUAGUUUCUUAGCCAUGGAGGAGUGCAAGGGGUCGGCAUCGGCCUCGUCGCCGUUGCCGUCGGGCUCUCGGUGGAACCCGACCAAGGAGCAGAUCGCGAUACUUGAAGGGCUCUACCGGCAGGGGAUCCGGACGCCGAGCGCGGAGCAGAUCCAGCAGAUAACUGGCAAGCUUAGGGAGUAUGGGAGCAUCGAAGGGAAGAACGUGUUCUACUGGUUCCAAAACCACAAGGCUCGCCAAAGGCAGAAGCAGAAGCAGGAGUGCUUCGCCUACUAUAGCAGACUCUUCCACCAGGCUCCGCCGACACCACUCCUCUCACCACCUCCUCCACCAACUUGCACCAAUGUUGUUCGCAGACCAUAUUACUUUCAGGUGCCUCAGGUUGGUGGUGUUGGCUUCUAUGGACCCCAGUUCCCUAACAUGUUCUUACCCGGAGCUUUGCACAUCAAUCCAAGACCAGAGCAUCAAGUGAGCCGGGAGAGAAUCCCAGAGCCAUACAGCAACGCUCCUCAUCCAGCCUACUACUACGAUCAUCAUGCCACUGGAAUGGGCCACAGCACUGCUGAUCUUGCCACCAUGAACGACCCCAUCUCCCAUGAGACGCUGCAGCUGUUUCCGUUGCACCCCACUGGGAUCUUGGAGGAGAGGUCCGGCAGCACUCUAAUCUCAGCCUCAGCAAAGUCGGAGAUCUUGGACGAUAUUGUAAAAGACGAGGUGGGUGGUGAGAACCAACCACCCUUCAAUUUCUUUCGUGCUCCUAAGAAACCAUGCUAAGGAAACCAGUACUGUAUGGGUUUUCCUCGUUUUGCUACUCUUUUAUGUGAUCGUGAUGUUUGUAGGCCAUGGUGAAUAAAAGGAUGUGUAGGGAAACAAGGGAGGGUUAGUUUUAUA